GGGGGUGGCAACUCCGGGCGGAGCGCCGCUCGGCCCGGCGGGAUGGCCGCGGCGGCGACGGCGUUGGCGCUGGGCGGGGGGCUCCUCCUGGCCGCCUGGCGCUGGCUGCGGGGCUCGGCCCGGGCCGCGGCCGGGCCCGGCGCCUCCAUGCGGGGCAAGACGGUGAUCAUCACGGGGGCCAACAGCGGGCUGGGCCGCGCGGCGGCGGCCGAGCUGCUGCGGAUGCGCGCCCGCGUCAUCAUGGGCUGCCGCGACCGGGCUCGGGCCGAGCGGGCGGCCAGCGAGAUCCGGGCGGAGGUGGGCGAGCGGGCGGAGGGCGGUGGCGAGCUGGUGGUGCGGGAGCUGGACCUGGCCUCGCUCCGCUCCGUGCGCGCCUUCUGCCACCGCGUCCUGCAGGAAGAGCCAAGACUGGAUGUUCUGAUAAAUAAUGCAGGGAUAUUCCAGUGUCCAUACAUGAAGACAGAGGAUGGUUUCGAGAUGCAAUUUGGUGUAAACCACUUGGGUCACUUCUUGCUCACCAACCUUCUUCUGGGCCUCCUCAAAAAUUCUGCUCCAAGCAGGAUUGUGGUAGUAUCCUCAAAGCUUUACAAAUAUGGAGAGAUCAACUUUGAAGACUUGAACAGUGAAAUAAGUUACAAUAAAAGCUUUUGUUACAGUCGGAGUAAACUGGCUAACAUAUUAUUUGCAAGGGAGCUAGCUCGUCGGUUAGAAGGGACAGGAGUCACCGUCAAUUCACUUCAUCCUGGGAUUGUCAGAACAAAUCUAGGCAGAUAUGUGAAUAUUCCUUUGCUGGCCAAGCCCCUGUUCAACUUAGUGUCAUGGGCCUUCUUCAAAACACCUCUGGAAGGAGCCAAGACUUCUGUUUAUUUGGCUUCUUCUCCUGAUGUCGAAGGCGUGUCGGGAAAAUAUUUUGGGGACUGCAAAGAGGAGGAACUUCUGCCCAAAGCCAUGGAUGACUUGGUUGCGAGAAAGUUGUGGGAUAUCAGUGAAGUGAUGGUUGGUUUAUUGAAAUAAGUGCCAGGGGGUAUCUGCUAAAAGAAUGCAGAUAACUAUGCAAUACAUAUUUGCAACAGUGUAAUUCUCACUUUAAAUGCUGUGGGAAUGCAGAUUACUUUGCUCAGUAAUUAUUAAAUAGAGUGGUUUAUGCUGGAACUCUGUUUUGAAAUAAUGGACAAUCUUUAAUAGACACAGGCAUUUUAAAAGUCUGAAAUAGAGCUUGAGGGUGUGAAUAUAAUUUCUGGUUAAUCUUGGAAACUCAUGUUUUACAAACAAAAAUUAAACAAAACCGUGUUUUAUAAUAUAUAUGCGUAUUUGUCAUGUUCUACUACUUGUAGUCAGACUGGAUAAUUCAGGGUACUGAUGGUGAAACACUUCUCUUGUAAAAAGGUUUUGAAAAUAGAUCCUAAUAAUAAUAAUAGGAUUGUUGUCUCUUUUGAUCCAUCACAGUGAAAAAUGGAGUAAAGAGUUUUACUGAUGUCUUACACUGUAAUUGUUUAGGCCUCCAAGUGCUGUUCAAAAGCACAUUGUCAGUCCUGUGGUUUAGUGAACAAAACUUGAGCUGUAUACAGUUUAACUGUGAAGCACAAAGUCAACUCUUAAUAUUUGGAGUGAUGUCGCUGCUGUUCAGUGAGUAUGUACACUUGGUUGUGCAAGCUGUAUAUUGAUGUUCAUGUAUGCCAAACUUGCUCUUUCUUCAUAUGCAGACACCUUGGGUUUCAUUAAAAGUGUAGUUGACAGAAGUGUUAUUAUGGUCUUGAUAGGGCUUUGCAUGUCACAAAUUGCCUGCAUACGAAGUUCACAAGACCUCAACCAGAUUAGUCCGAAGAGAAUAUGCUUUUCAGUGUGUGUUUGGCUUGACUGAUGGCACUUUACCUCAGCAAUGAGAUUAAAUAGAUCUGUCUAAUACAGUUUACUGAAUAUUCUUUAAUAAAAAUAUUUUAAAAACA